GGCUGACGUCAGAAAUUGGACAUCCUUAUCCUAAACAAUAACCUAGUACGGAGUACUUCCGAUCUUCGUCGUAGACACUGCUUUCUCUUCUUCUUCUUCUUCCCCGGCGAUACCGGUCUGAACAAUCUCUGUUUCUUUAUAUAAUCAACGGCGGCUCCUUCUUUGUUCUCUCGAUUAAUUCACACAACCGCAUAAUCGCAGGGAGCUCCAUUGCAUCGCGAAAAGGUAUUUUCCCCAUGCUGUCGAUUGCCCCGCCAUCAUUCCCGUCUCCGAGCCCUCACAAAUUCUCCCCAACCACCGCGAAAUUCGCGUUUCCGUUGAGCCGUUCCUCGUCCUCGAUUUGCGGCCCUCACUCUCCGGUCUGCUGCCGCUGCGUGAGCGGCGGCGCGGAUCCCCCGCAGUCAGGGGACGGGUCGAGCUGGAGGUGGGACCUGACGAUUCAGGAUGCGUUUACGAAUGUGAUGAAGCGGUUCGAUGAUUUCGUGAAUCCGAACCGGAAUCACGAGAGUGUUGGCGCCGUGGAGACGGCGAGUGAGGAGAAGGACGAGGAAUGGGAUUGGGAGCGGUGGAAAAAACACUUUUCCGACGUCGAGGAGCAAGAGCGGAUCGUUUCGAUCUUAAAGUCACAGUUAGCAGGUUAUAUUAAUCGGGAAGAUUAUGAAGGGGCUGCCAGGCUUAAGGUGGCUAUUGCAGCUGCAGCUACAAAUGACACUGUGGGCAAAGUGAAAUCCCAUUUUAAUAACACAGUGGAGGAAGAGCGGUACUCAGAUGCAGCCUGGUUACGAGAUUAUGCUGGCGCUGGAUUGGUGGGUUGGUGGGUUGGAGUUUCAGAAGGUGAUCCUUAUGGACGCAUUAUUCGUAUAAGUGCUGAAUAUGGAAGAUAUGUGGCGAAAAGUUAUACUCCGAGGCAGCUUGCGUCGGCAAUGGAUGGUGCCCCCAUCUUUGAGAUAUUUCUCACAAUGAAUAAGAAAGACGAGUAUAGGUUGCAGGCUGUCUACUUGAAGCGGAUGACAGCUACUCAGGACUUAACAAUUCCUUCCUCCAAAGUAUCUGGUGCUGCGAGUAACUUGGACUCUCGGAGUCCAACUGAAAACAAAAAUGAUCUAUUUGGAAAUAGUAGUGAAGUUUCAGAAGAUGAUGAAGAUAGUGACGAUGAUUCUGGUUUUGGUAAUGCGUUACAAGACUUGAUUCCUGGUGUGAAGGUCAAGGUUUUGAAAGUAACAGCGCCAGCUAAAGUGGACAGGGAUUUAAUAUCGAAGGUGAUUGAAGACAUAAUUGAUGACGAAGACGAAGAUGAAGAGGAAGAGGAAGAGGAGGAUAUUAAGGAAACAGACUCCGAGAUAGAAAGUGUCAGUGCUGAAGAAGAAAUUAAAGAUCAAAGCGACAUAGAGCAGAAUGCAAUUGAAAUCGAUGCAGAUCGUGGGGUUAGAGACGGUGUAGAGCAAAAUCAAAUUGCUUUGAAGGUUGUUGUAAGUGGCCUUGUACAGAAUAUGUCUAGUAAUGCCCGCAGUAAAGAUUUUCAACGUGUGCCAGCUAGGCUGGAAAGAAAGGGUCGUUUAUCAUUUACUUUUACUAUAGAAGAAGAUGAUAAACAAACUUCUGGUGGCAGCAAACAAUCCCCACGAAAUAGAAGUCCUAAACUCCAAGGUCAACGGAGCAUAGACCAUCUGAUGCUUGAUCUUGCAAAAUUUAUUGGCCGGGGAAAAAUACCUAUGAAGGUGCUUAAGGACGUUAGCGAGUUGUUCACUCUUACUCUAAAUCAUGCUCGAAAUCCUCAGCCAUUGUCAAAAUCAACUACUUUUAAUCGCAUUGAGAUUCCGACCUCUCAGGACCCAUUAAAUGGCCUAUAUGUUGGUACACAUGGUCUUCGAUCUUCAGAAGUAAUCCACCUAAGGCGCAGAUUUGGUCAGUGGAAAGAAGAUGGCGUCACAAAGCAGUCAUCUAGGAUUGAAUUUUAUGAAUAUGUUGAAGCUGUAAAAUUAACCGGAGAUCCUUAUGUGCCUGCUGGCCAGAUUGCCUUCCGGGCAAAAGUUGGGAAGCAAUAUCAGCUUCCUCAUAAAGGGAUUUUCCCAGAAGAAUUUGGCGUGAUUGCUCGAUAUAAGGGACAAGGAAGGCUGGCAGAGCCAGGGUUUCAAAAUCCUCGAUGGGUUGAUGGAGAACUUGUUAUUCUGGAUGGAAAGUACAUCAAAGGAGGGCCUGUCAUUGGGUUCGUAUACUGGGCAACCGAGUAUCAUUUCUUGGUUUUCUUCCAACGCCUGAGGCUGCAGGAGUAGAUAACCGUUGCACAUACAGGUUGAGGUUGUCUAUUCUUUCCUCAGAUUUUGUAGAUGAAUUUCAUAGAGCCCUUUGAGCUGAGUUGCAGAUACAGAAAGCUCGGUCUCUGCUAAAUGGCGAUGUUUGGCUAACAGCAGGUUUUGACAUAAUCUUAGUAUUUGGAUGAUCACAAACAUUGCAUUCUCAGCCUUCCCCGUAUCUCUUAUUUGAUGGCUCUUUCUCGACACUGUAAAUAUGCUGCUUUGUGUAUUCAAUUCAUAAAUAGUGCUACAGAAUUUGAUUUUCACUGGUGCUUUUGGUGGGAAUCAGACUUAUAAUCUCUUAGUUUAUCUAGGUUUUGUAGUGUAUAUAUGCAUUUAAGCCCGUUUUAUUGAAUAAUAUAUAAACGCUCAAUUUGAUUAUCUCUAGUGCAUUCGAUUUAAUA